AUGGCACCACGCACUCUCCUCACAGCAGCCCGCUCUCUGCGCGCUCCCAUCCCAAGCACGCGCGUCGCCUUCACCGCUCGCCGCACAUUCCUCAGCAGUCCCACCCUACGCAUCAAAGAGGACGCAGACCGAAGCCCCGAACAGGUCGAGGCCGCAAAGCAAGAACAGCUCAGGGAGCAAGAAAAGGGCGAGGGCAGAUGGCGCGAGGACCUUGCCAGUCAUGGCGAGAGCAACAUUGCUGCGGACAAGCAACAAGUCAACGACCACGACGCGCAUAUGAAGGAGUUGCAGAAGGAGGGCAAGGAGAAGGGCGAGAAGGGUCAGAUGUAA